AUGAUAAAAGAAUAUAAAACUAAAAGCAAAAAAAUGGCACCUGUGGAUAUAGACAAGCAAAACUACUGGGCUCAAUCAACGCACCCGUGGUACGACUGGAAUACAAACAAACCGACAAGCCGCAGUAAAAGCGAGGAAAAGCCAUUCCGCCAAAUCCCAUUUUUCCAAUCAUUUCGCCAAGAUCUUAGAGAGUACUUGUUAACAUCUACUCUACAUGGUCUUCGCUACGUCGGAGAAAAAAGAUUAACGUGGUUUGAGCGAUUUUUUUGGCUUGGGGCCUUUGGUAGUUCAUUAAUUUGCGCCGGCUUCUUUAUUUUAAAUGUGUAUGCAAAAUGGCGUAUGUCACCCAUGAUAGUCAGCAUCAACCCAGAGAACAUGCCGCUCAACAAGCUGCCCUUCCCUGCGAUUACCAUUUGUAAUGUGAAUCAAGCAAAAAAAUCCGUUGCAGAAAGGAUAAAAAAGUCUGGGAAUUCAAUUGACAAAAAGUUACUGGAAAGCUUAUGUUCAACUCAACCCGAUGCAGAUAUUUUCGAAGACGAGAUCGCGGAAAGUGCUAACUGGGACUACACACGCUCUUUCCUCAUUAAUGUAACCCAACCUUGUAACGAGAUGCUGUCGGUAUGCCUUUGGAAUUCUGCGCCAAUGAGUUGCCAAGACUUGUUUAACGCACAACUCACAGAUGAGGGCCUUUGCUGUACCUUUAAUGUUGUACAUCGAGAAAAAAUGUUUCGGAACCCAAAAGAUCUCAACGACUUAAACUUUACAUUUCCGUUACCAACCGUGGAUUGGACUCCUGAAAGUGGAUACCCCGACGACGUGCCUGAUGAUGGAUUCCCCUGGAAGCCUAAGGGAAUUGGUACGGAUCAUGGCUUAACUUUGGUGUUAGAUGCUAACCUCGAGGAAUACUACUGUGCGUCUACGAAAAGCACUGGAUUUAAGAUUCUUCUACACAAUCCGACAGAAACACCUAAUAUAGCUAAACUAGGGGAAGUGUAUGGGCCAGGAAUAGAAGCCCGCGUGGCCAUACAACCGAGAAUCCUCGACGCUCAGCCAUCUCUUAAAUAUAUUGACGUCAAUAAGAGACUCUGUCUGUUCUCCAGCGAAAAGGAAUUAGUUUUCUAUAGGACUUACACGUUAAGAAACUGUGAAAUGGAGUGCGAAUCUCGCAAUGUUCUAGAUACAUGCAAAUGUGUUCUUUACUACAUGCCUAAAAAUAAAACAACGAGAGUCUGUGGAAAAGCUGAUGCGAAAUGUUAUAGCAAUAUAAAGAAUUAUGCGCCUCAAGGUCUCGAAAGAGGAUGUGACGAAUGUUUGCCUGCGUGCACUGAGAUCUCUUACUCUGAGCGACCUAGUGGAGCGCCGCUGAACAAGGCACUUGUUAGCCGCUAUACCAAGAGUAUUAGCUUAGCACAAAAUAGGUCCGCUGAAUACUUUACGGACAACAUGUUGAUAAUACAUUUCUAUUUCGAAGAUAACUCGUUUAUGAGGUUCACAAAGGGAGAAAUAUUUGGUCUCACAGAGUUUUUGUCAAACACAGGCGGCCUACUUGGACUCUGCAUGGGCUUUAGCAUGAUGAGUGCAGUUGAACUUCUAUAUUACUUGACUCUGCGGGCUCUCUGUGUUGUCAGGCAAAGAAAAACUGUACAACCUUUCAUUAAAUAGGUACUGGGUGUUGUACAAAACACUAUUGUAUUACAAAAACUUUUUAUUGAAAUCUUCAUUAUGUACAUCAAUCUACAUUAAGUUCCUAUAUUAAUUAAAUUAAAUUUGCCUAACUAUUUACUUAAUUUAGAUUUAAUAUUCCUUGUAAGGAGAACAAUACAUUCUGCAUUUAAUAGAGUUCAUUAAGAAACCAGAAAUGAUUGCUGAAAAUAUAUUUUUUUAUUGCCAAAGAAAAAUAUUCUUUCAUUAUCAAUCACACACAUUUAAGGAGUUUCAACUAUACCUACAGUAAAUAAGUUAGAUCAAAACUCAAAAGGUACCUACCUACUUGAAUGUUGUAAAUGUACAAGAAGACAACAAUAUAAUCUACACAUUUGAAUUGUCAUUUAGGUACCUAUCUACAUUUUUACAGCUCAACAAUUGAAUUAAUAAGUAGUUUAAAUGCAAUAUCACAGGCUUUUCUUUCCUACUGCUUUUUCAAGUCUUAUAUCUGUGGUUUUCUGUACAAGUAAACACUUAGUUUAUGGUAAAAUUAUAAAGUUUAUAGUAGUGUUGCAGGAAAAUCGAUAGUCUAUCGAUUUUCCGGCAAUCACUCAUAAAAUCGAUUGUGAUUCGAUCAAUAAAAUACACGAUAGUGAUAGGUUGUUAAAAAGUGUGUUCAAAAGAAUUAGAACUUAGGUACCCAUGAUUGCACACUUAAUUUAGAGAAAGCCAAUGUUAACACAUCUUA